AUGGCCUCACAUAACGCUACCUCGUACACUGCAGUUCCCAGAAGGAAUUCCGACAGCCGUUUCUCUUUCGAAGACAUCCCGUCCGAAACACCAUCUGGAGGUCAUCAAGGCUAUGGACACCCAUCUGCACGGAGAAGCAUCAGCGAGGAAGAUGAUUUGCAUCCUCACACAAAUACAUCGACUUCCACAGCACAGGCUAUAUCCUUCCCCAGCGACCACCAGAGCAACGAAGACACAAUACAGUCUGCAGAAUGGAAGAUAUCUCUGUACACGCCAAUUUCGAUGAUUGCCCUCUUCAUUUCCGGAGUAGCAGUGGCGAUUGGUCACCACCUCUUCUACUUGCGCUUCGACAGUAGUCCUGUGCGAGGAGCAGAUGAAGACUAUACCUCUCAAGUUUGGAUCAUCCGAUACGGAACGGCAUUUGCGUUUGUCACAAAGACACUACUAGCGGGUGCGAUUAUCAUAGCGUACAAGCAACACAUGUGGAUCAACCUCCGGCACAAGGCCAAUUCAGUGUCUACGAUUGAUGCGGUUUUUGCAGCUACUCACGAUCUUUUAUCUUUCCUUCAUCCUUCGUUCUGGGCCAGAGCAAAGAUCCCGGCAUUGAUGGCAUUGAUUGCAUGGUGUCUACCCCUCGCUGCUCUCAUUCCGCCUUCCACUCUUACUGUAACUGGCGCUGAGCUUUACAGAGAGCGAUUCACAAAAGUCCCAACCCUCAAUCUCAACGACACCGCCCUGUACAAAAGUGAAGGCAUUGGUGAAGGCACUUCACCCCUACUCCACCGCUUGACCAUUGCCACUGCCACAAGCAUGCAAAUCCUCCCUAUGCGCCGCACCCUCCCCAUCAACGCAACCUAUAACUACUCCUUCGACGCUCCCUCCCUAAAAUGUGCCCCCGCGACCGGCGACCAUCUCCAGAACUUCACUGCCAUCCGCAAAGAAUCCAUCCGCCAACUCCUCGAUCUAGCUGGCCAAAGCCUCUCCGCCGAUGCCGACAUGCGCUACCUCUCCUUUUCCGCCAACACCACAGGCGUCAGCCUCACAGGCUCCGAGAACGUAACCACGUACGUAGCCAAAUGCGUCGCAGGUGAACGCUUUGACGACUGCGGCACCAACUCCAACAUUCCCACCUUUUUCAUGCAAAUGGGCAACGAAACCAUAACCUGCACCACACACAAUACAAAAUUCACCGCCCUAUUUGGCGAUUUUGGCGCCCAAGACACUCAACCCGUCACCUACGUCUCGCACGAAUUCAAAGAACCGCUCAACACAGAAGUAACAGGCAGAAUGUUCAGAGCCCUCUCUACCAUCCUCAACGGCUUCUUCGGCGCCUUCACCGAAGGCGGCGCAGCCGGCGGCUAUUUUUCCGGCAAAUCAAUGAUCCCAGACACCGCGCUUCUCGAGCUUCUCCAGCAAAAUUUCCCAGACCUACGCAAUACCGUGCCGCAGGAAGCCUGGAUGUCGCAGCGUACCAAUACCACUCUCGCGGACAUGGUCGAAGAGCUAUCGCGCAACCAAACGCUCAGUCUUUUUAGCAACGAGAGGCUUUGGGAAACCGACGAGGCCAAGAAGGCAGAGGUGCCCGUUCGCUAUUAUACUUUUUACAACAUGUAUGAGUAUACCCCGCGCAAUCUGUGGAUCGCGUAUGGGGCUGCAAUCGUGUGUUCGUUUGCCGCAGUGCUGCUGGGGCUCAGGGCCCUAUGGCUGAAUGGCGUGUGCCAUGAUAAUUCUUUUUCGGCGGUCAUGGCCGCGACGCGGAGUAGGUAUCUCGAUCGGCUUACACGCGGCCAUUCGCUGGGGGCUACGCCCAUGGGCGAGAAGAUUCUCAGGGCGAGGCUGCGGUUUGGGGUCCUCGAGCCAGAGGAUGAGGUUGCGGCCAAGGGCAUGUAUAGGGCUGGGUUUGGCACCGAGGAUAGCGUUACGACGUUGAAGAAGGGGCAGGCUGUUUAUUGA